UGGUUUUCCUUCUGCUUUAAAAUUAUUUCAUCCAAAUAUUUUUCUGUUAAUUGAACAAAUUUUGCGAAAUUCAUGAAUAAGAGCAUUUAAAAAUUUUACUAGUGAUAAUGGCGGAGGUCUCAAAUCAACUGAACUACACAUACGACUUUGAUGCGGAUUGUAUGUCCAGAGACAAAAAUCCUACCUGCUCUACUAUUAUCGGUAAUCAUGAUGAAAAGUGCAAUUCAAAAUACACAAGUUCUUCCAGAAGUAAACACAAAGAAUCAAAUGUUUCAAAACUGGGAGAAAAACGUCCAUACCAUGUAAGAAAUGACGACACACAGCAAAACAUCGAGUAUGACAGAAGGUCGAACAGUUAUCUAGACACGGUAGAGGCUUCAGAUUUAACAGUUUUAGAAGGCCCUUCCUGUCCUGAUGUUGAAAGAAAUCAAGAUAAUGAUGUAGAACAAACGGUUUUGAAGAAACAGGUGGACAACAUCAUGCGUGAGUUAUACCAAUAUAAAAGUCAAAACCAGAUACUAAAACGAGAGCUUUUGAAAGCCCGAAAGGUAAUAUUAAGAGAAAUUGGUGGCAAUUCGUCAAGUUUCGAGACUUUGAUAAGAAAGGCUAAUGAAGAAGGUUGGAUGGGCAGACAAGAAAGUAUUUAUUUGCUAAAAAGAAAUAUCCAUGCUCUUAACAAGCUGAUUGAGCAAUUAGGAGGAAAACGCUCACCAAAUCCAAGCAUGACAAAGAGGAAAAUAAUGUCUCCGGACGAUAUUUCGGAGGAUAUGAGAAUUCAACAAAGUCUUUGUUUCGAGAGAGACGAUGUUAUACGAAAUGCGGAACGUGAAAGACAGGUUCUACUAGAAGAGCGGGAAAGACUCAGAAAAAAAUUGGAGGAUUUAGAAGAUAAAAAUAAAUCCUUGAAGACGCAAAUUAUUGAAGUUAAGGAAGAUAUUAACAGUGCAAAUGCGAAGUCAGCUCAAGUCUUGGAUAUCCUUCCAGACAAGGAUCAGUCAAUACACAGUGCCUUACGAGAAAUGGAAAUAAAAAUGAAAUCCUGCCUCCAGAAGAAAGCAGAACUGAGAAGAAUUUCGGAAGACUUAGAAAAACAAUCACGUCACUACGAGGACCAGAUCUGUCAGAUGAAACUGAAGAUACAUCACGAAAAUAAAAUGCUUUCGAAAGCGGAAGUAAAGCUAGAGUCGAUGAGAGCCAAAGAAAAUAAAUUAUGCGACACAUCUGACGAAAUUCAGACUCAGAAAAAAACAACUCUGCGCCAUUUCAGAGAAGAACUAUCUAAGUUAGAGGAAGCAUACUUAAAGAAAUUAAAAUCAUUAGAGAAGGUUGCUUCAAAGAUAUCCAAGAAUAAAGAAUGGCUUUUAAGCCUUCAAAAUAAAAAUAAGUUGAUAACUGGUGUUUAUACGAAAUUACAAAUUACCCCCAUUGACUCUUUGGAAGAUGUAUCUGGUAAUGUGAGUGAAGAACACGUGAACAUAACCGAUACAAAGCCUUACGUAACCGAACUUGACGAUCAUGAGCACCAAUCAACGAAAGCAGGCACUGAAACAAAUGAGGAUUUAUUGAUUGAAGAACUGGAAACAAAAUCGUCCAGUCUUGCUUCUUCUUUCGAUGCAGUCGAACAAAGAAACUGGCAGAAGUCAAACUUUUUCUAUGACAUUAUUGAUAAAAUGGAAGAAAUGUUGAAGAAACUUCUGUGUGACCAAUACAUCCUCUGGAAGUUAUCCGUACGUUCAAAAAUACUCAAUGAACGUGCUCGAGCUCUACAACGAGCUCAAGCUCAGCCUCUAACUUCGAAAAAAAAUAAAAAGAUCAACAGAUCAGAAAUGAACACCGUUGAGCAAAUUGAAAAUUCGAAAAUUUUAUGGAAUGUAUUAAAACUAGAAACUAAACUUUUAACAGCUUUAAUUAAAUGCGCCAUUUCAAGCUCUGCGCAAGAUUUUGAGAUAUAUGGCGGUCGUAUGUACGAAAGUAAAGGUAUUUUCUUAAUAACGUGCUCUGACAUUUUAAAUAAACAAUAAAAAUAGCAUCGUUAAUUUGACAGCAUUUGUUUUAUUGUG